AUGGUCUUGCUAGUAGUUGUACAUGUAUUGGUUAGCUUAUUAAGAUUAGCUGAUUUUUGUAUACCAACUCAGAAUUUGGAGACUUUUGGUGAAUUUUUUUUCCUAAUAAAACAUAUUGGACAAUUAAGUGUUCUAGAUAAUUAUCAAAUUUUGGUUUCAGUGGAAGUUACUACUACAACAUCCACCACAACAACCACAACAAUCCUAUCCUGCCUUGACUCAACGUGGACAAUGUUCGACCGAGGAACCUACUCUUGGUGUAUGAAGGUGUAUCUAGGCAGCUUUGAAGUUCAAGACGCUCUCACCCAAUGUCAAACUCUGGACGCAUCCGCCGUCGUCACAGGCUAUCAAAAUUACGCGGAGCUCUCAACAAUGAUGCAGGCCGCCCUAGAAGCCGACCCAACAGCAAACCCAGCCACAAAUUUCAUGGUGGUCGGUGCGAUGCGUCGUCCCGAAUGUACCGAUGAGUUCUACACCAGCUUAACCUGUCCACCGUUGGUCGCUUUCUAUUGGACCGAUGGGUACACGACGGGCACUGAUGGCUUCAAUUGGCGUGCGGGACAACCGGACAACGCUGGGACAGGUGGAACUAUUAGGCAGAUGUAUUUGGGAGUGUCAGUGAUGACUUAUGGGAUGGAUGAUACUUAUGGCGAUGUGAUUUAUCCGGGAACUGUUUGUGGAAUGUUAGCACAGUAUUAUUAA